AUGUCCGUGUGGGAGUCCAGUGUGGCCUGGGUGGCAAACACACUCCAGUCUGAGUUUUGUCAGUCUGCUCCCUCUGACCACACUUUGACGGUCCUCACUGAAGGUUUUAUACGUUUCAUCAAAGAAAGCUUUGGCCAGAAGACAGAUCAGCUGCUUCUCCUGUUUCUAAAGAUUGAGACGAUGGAAGAGGCUGAACUCUGUUUUCCACAGCUCCUCAACUCCUCCUGCAGGAGACCAGAGCCUCCUCACUUUGACACUGUGCUUAUUUACCUUCUGCUGUCCUUCAUCGCUCUGCUCACUGCAGCUCUCAACCUGCUGGUCAUCAUCUCCAUCUCACAUUUCAGGCAGCUCCACACCCCCACCAACCUCCUCCUCCUCUCUCUGGCUGUCUCAGAUUUUCUUGUGGGGCUCUUUGGGAUACCGGUUGAAAUCCUCAUGAUGCAGACCUGCUGGAUGCUGUGUGACCUCAUGUGUUCGUUGUAUUAUCUUUUUGCUGUGAUCAUAAUCGCUGCCUCUUUGGGGAACAUGGUGCUCAUAUCUGUUGACCGCUAUGUUGCUAUAUGUGACCCUCUGCAUUACCCCACCAAAGUCACUCAAAAGGUUGUUGGAAUAUUUGUUUACCUGUGUUGGAUUUGUUCUACUAUUUAUGGGAUUAUCCUAUCAAAUGAAAACCUGAAGCAUCCAGGCAGGUACAAAUCCUGCUAUGGAGAAUGUAUGGUUAACAUUCCAGGAAAUCUUGAUCUAAUUGUUGGCUUCAUUAUUCCUGUUGCUCUCAUAAUAGUUCUUUAUAUGAGAGUAUUUGUGGUGGCUGUGUCUCAGGCUCGAGCCAUGAGAUCCCACACUGCAACUGUCUCACUUCAGCACUCUAAGACUGUAAAAGUUAAGAGAUCUGAGCUGAAAGCAGCCAGAACUCUUGGUAUUCUUGUAGUUGUGUUUCUGAUUUGUUAUUCUCCUUUCUACUGCGUCUCUCUCACAGGUCACAAUAUCCUGAUCGGAUCGUCAACUGAGGACUUGAUAGCUUUUCUGAUGUAUUUUAACUCCUGCUUAAACCCUGUCAUCUAUGUCUUUUUCUACCCGUGGUUUAAAAAAACUAUUAGACUUGUUGUUACUUUUCAGAUACUGCAGCCUGACUCCCGUGAAGCUCAGAUACUGUGAAAAACAAACUGUAGAAUGAGUGAAAAGGAUGCUGUCUUUAUGUUCUGCAUGUGUAUUAUCUUUUGUAACUAACAACCUGAAAACAAUCAGCCAGGUAUAAUUCCUCUAUAAAGAACACAUAUUGAACUUUAUCAGACCUGUUGACCUAGUUCUCUGUCUUCACAGUUCUGUACAUGAGUGUUUGUGAUCGCUAUAGCUGAAUGAGGUGUAAUCAAUGCUGAUAAUAAUAAUCAUUCUCAGUAAAACUCUGCCUUUCUCAUUUUACUAAGCUUAAUUCAAAUCUGUUUGCAUCUGAAAUGAUAAGGUACUAAUGCCAAUUAUGUUA